AUGGCAUCAAAGUCGGGCGAAAAGAGCAUUUCCGCCUAUGGAGAGGCUCGUUCAACGGUGGAAGGGAAGCCUCUGGAUGCCGAGACAAUCCGCAAGAUGAAUGCGUGGUUUCGUGCCAGCAUGUACCUAUGUUUGGGCAUGCUUUAUCUUCGCGACAACCCACUCCUCACAGAACCUCUCAAGCUAGAGCAUCUCAAAGCUCGACUCUUGGGUCAUUGGGGUUCUGAUGCCGGACAAUCUUUUACCUGGAUGCACAUGAACCGACUCAUCAAGAAGUAUGACCUCGAUGUUCUUUUCGUUUCCGGCCCCGGACAUGGCGCCCCUGGAAUCAUAUCACAAUCUUACCUUGAGGGUGUCUACUCGGAAGUCUACCCGGAUAAAGGCAAGGAUACAAAGGGCAUGAAGAAGUUCUUCAAACAAUUCUCUUUUCCUGGUGGGAUUGGAAGCCACGCGACCCCCGAGACACCUGGCAGUAUCCACGAGGGAGGCGAGCUGGGAUAUUCACUCUCGCAUGCGUUUGGCUCGGUCUUUGACAACCCCAAUCUCAUUACUUUGACCAUGGUUGGAGACGGCGAGUCCGAGACCGGCCCACUUGCAACCAGCUGGCACAGCACGAAGUUCCUGAACCCGAUCAACGACGGAGCAGUCCUGCCUGUUCUCCACCUCAAUGGAUACAAGAUCAACAACCCGACGGUGCUUGCACGAAUCAGCCACGACGAACUUUCAUCUUUGCUCGUUGGCUAUGGAUGGAAACCAUACUUUGUGGAGGGAAGUGACUUCGACAGCAUGCAUCAAGCCAUGGCGGUUACACUCGAGCAAUGUGUCACAGAGAUCAAGGAGCAUCAGAAGAAAGCCCGAAAGUCAAAGACCCCGUUCCGACCCCGCUGGCCAAUGAUCGUUUUGCGCACACCCAAGGGAUGGUCGGCUCCCCGGGAGAUUGAUGGCCAUCUUCUCGAGGGAUUUUGGCGCGCGCACCAAAUUCCUAUCACUGAUGUCCGCACCAACCCCUCUCAUCUUAAGGUGUUGGAAACAUGGAUGAAGGCCUACAAACCAGAAGAGCUCUUCGACAAGAAUGGCACAUUGAUUCAGGAACUGAAAGAACUCGCGCCAACGGGUAACUCGCGAAUAAGUGCCAACCCCGUUGGUAAUGGAGGUCUUCUACGCAGUCCGCUCGAUAUUCCUGAUUUCCGAGAGUAUGGGUUCAAGGAUAUUGAUCCUGGGUUGACAAUCAAGGGAGGCAUGGCCAACAUGGCGAUUUUCCUUCGUGAUAUAGUGGCUCAGAACAUGCAUAACUUCCGGCUCUUUGGGCCCGAUGAGACUGAGUCUAACAAGCUUUCUGAGGUGUACAAAGCAGGAAAGAAAGUCUGGAUGGGGGAUUACUUCGAAGAAGAUAAAGACGGAGGAAAUCUGUCCCCCGAUGGCCGCGUGAUGGAGAUCCUCAGUGAACAUACCUGUGAAGGGUGGCUGGAAGGCUACCUUCUUUCUGGGCGGCACGGACUGCUCAACAGCUAUGAGCCUUUCAUCCACGUCAUUGAUUCUAUGGUGAACCAACAUUGCAAGUGGAUCGAGAAGUGCCUUGAAGUAGAGUGGAGAGCCCGAAUCUCGUCUCUUAACAUCCUCCUCACCGCCACUGUCUGGAGACAAGACCACAAUGGCUUCACUCACCAGGACCCUGGAUUCCUCGAUGUGGUGGCUAACAAGAGCCCCGAGGUGGUUCGCAUCUAUCUCCCGCCCGACGGCAACACCCUCCUAUCCGUGAUGGACCACUGUCUCCGCAGUGUCAACUACGUGAACGUGAUCGUUGCUGAUAAACAAGAGCACAUUCAGUUCCUGGACAUGGAUGCAGCCGUCGCGCACUGUACCAAGGGUCUCGGAAUCUGGGACUGGGCGAGCAACGACCAAGGCGCAGAGCCCGAUAUCGUGAUCGCGUCCUGCGGUGAUGUUUCAACACACGAGGCCCUAGCCGCGACCGCACUACUACGUGAACAUCUCCCACAGCUCAAAGUCCGUUUUGUUAAUGUGGUGGAUCUAUUCCGACUGAUUUCCGCCAUCCACCAUCCCCACGGAAUGCCAGAUAGGAGAUGGAAGUCCAUUUUCACCACCGACAAGCCCAUAAUAUUCAAUUUCCACUCCUACCCCUGGCUCAUCCACCGACUCACGUACAAGCGACCUGGUCAACAUAACCUGCAUGUGAGAGGGUACAAAGAGAAGGGCAACAUUGACACACCGUUCGAACUGGCUAUGCGCAAUGAGACCGAUCGAUACAGUCUCGCUAUGACUGCCAUUGAUUUGGUUCAAUCUCUUGGGAACACGGCAGCUGGCGUGAGAGAGAAGCUGUUCAAUGAACAGCUUGCGGGCAAGUCUGAGGCUUUCAAUAAUGGGAUUGAUCCUGAACAUAUUCGGAACUGGAAAUGGCCUUUCUCGAAAGAGUAG